AUGCUUCAUCGGGAUAUUGCUCGUCAGAUCUUUAUUGCGUCAAAUUCAAGAAAGAUAACUGGUUCUAUGAAUACUAUUGCCGUACCAGCACGAUGGAUAAUGAUGCAUUUCAUUCGUUUGAUGACUCAACCCAAAGCAUGCUUUCGCAAUAAAUCAAAUAGUUGUGUACCUUCUCUGAAUGUAACAUGGAAUAUCCAUCAAGGAGCGAUCAAUGCCACGGAUCAAACAAUUCGAUGGACUUUAUUUAUUUCUCGAGAUCGAAAACCAGACAUUUUAGAUUUAAAUACGAGAAACUUGACAAUAACGAAAGAUUUGUUUUCUGAAAAUGAACAGAUCAUCUAUUGGCGUUUUAAAGUCAUUUAUUCAUUCGAAUGGUUCACCCAUCGAAACACAUUCGAUAUUGAAUUGAAUGAGCCACCAAUGAACGGUUCUUUUUGUUCGAUCGAUCCUGCAAAUGGAACGAUGGUAACUCUAUUCAAAGUUCGAAUUGGACUGAUCUAUAGAUGCAAUCCAAACUUAUCCAAAACGAUGACGUUAACUCAUUCAGCUGAAUCAACCAUCUAUCGACGUUUGCCAACAAAUGGCAAUCUGAUUGUGGAAAUUCGUGAUACAUUCGGUUGUAUAUUAUUGUCCAAUACUCCUUGCCGAAAGUUAGUAUUACGGAAGAACAUCCUCUUAACAAAUCAAUUCACUUGUGAUCUUUUUAAUCACGAUUAG